AUGUGCAGGGUAAAAUUAAAAAAAUAUGACAGUGUUGUGUUUACGCAACGAUGGCCUCAAGCUGUUUGUUACAAGUUUAAAAAAGAUAAAAAUGUAAACGACUGUCAGCUGCCAAAUCAUGAUCGUUGGACAAUUCAUGGCCUUUGGCCUACACGUAUGGGUCAAAGAGGUCCUGUUUUUUGUAAAACAAAAUUUGAUUUUAAUAUUGAAAAAAUUGAUACAAUUAAAGAUAGCUUAAAAGAAAAUUGGACUGACUUUCAUGAAGACGAUAAUAAUGAUAAUGAUUAUUACUUAUGGAAACAAGAAUGGAAAAAACAUGGUUCAUGUUUAGUUGAAAAUAAUCAUCAAAAUACAAUAUUUGGUUAUUUUAAAAAAGGUAUUGAUUUAUUAAAAAAUUAUCAAAUGAAAGAUAUACUAAAAAAGGCAAAUAUUCAUCCUGGAAAUAUAUACAAAAUUUUACACGAAAAAAAAAAAGUGUAUUUAGAAGAAAUAUCAAUUUGCAUGAAUCGAGAUAUGAAUUUCAUAAUUGAUUGCGAUGGUGUUGGAACUUUGAUAAAUAGUUUACCAAAUUUAUCACUCAAGUAUCUUGAUCAAACAAAUGAAGAGAUAAUUUCACCAUCAACAAAUAAAAAUUAA